GGCCGACAACUAAGGCGACGGCGGCGGCGGAGCGGUGGGUCGGUAUCUGCGCGCUGGUGUCUGAGGCCCAGGCUGAGGCCUCCUAGGUUGCCAGAGCGCUGGCGGUGGAGAGGAUGACUGCCACCGCUAUUCUCUCCUGAGAGAGAGCCGCCGCCACCUCCCCCCUCCCCCGGCAGGGCGGAGAGGAGCGGCCAGAGUCGGAGCGAUGGUGCCCGGAGAGGAGAACCAACUGGUUCCGAAAGAGGAUGUGUUUUGGAGAUGCAGACAAAAUAUCUUUGAUGAAAUGAAGAAGAAAUUUUUACAGAUAGAAAAUGCUGCUGAAGAACCUAGAGUCUUAUGUAUAAUACAAGAUACUACUAAUUCAAAGACAGUGAAUGAACGGAUCACUUUAAAUUUACCAGCUUCUACUCCACUCAGAAAGCUCUUUGAAGAUGUGGCCAAUAAAGUAGGCUACAUAAAUGGAACCUUUGAUUUGGUGUGGGGAAAUGGAAUCAAUACUGCUGAUAUGGCUCCACUAGAUCAUACCAGUGACAAGUCUCUUCUUGAUGCUAAUUUUGAGCCUGGAAAGAAGAACUUUCUGCACUUAACGGAUAAAGAUGGUGAACAGCCUCAAAUACUGCUGGAGGAUUCCAGUGCUGGGGAUGACAGUGUCCAUGACAGAUUUAUAGGGCCACUUCCAAGAGAAGGUUCUGUGGGCUCUACCAAUGAUUAUGUCAGCCAAAGCUACUCCUAUUCAUCUAUAUUGAAUAAGUCAGAAACUGGAUAUGUGGGAUUAGUAAACCAAGCAAUGACUUGCUAUUUGAAUAGCCUUUUGCAAACACUUUUUAUGACUCCUGAAUUUAGAAAUGCAUUAUAUAAGUGGGAAUUUGAAGAAUCUGAAGAAGAUCCAGUGACAAGUAUCCCAUAUCAACUACAAAGGCUUUUUGUUUUGUUACAAACAAGUAAAAAGAGAGCAAUUGAAACCACUGAUGUUACAAGGAGCUUUGGAUGGGAUAGUAGUGAGGCUUGGCAGCAGCAUGAUGUACAAGAACUGUGCAGAGUCAUGUUUGAUGCUUUAGAGCAGAAGUGGAAACAAACAGAACAGGCUGAUCUUAUAAAUGAACUAUAUCAAGGCAAGCUGAAGGACUACGUAAGAUGUCUGGAAUGUGGUUACGAGGGCUGGAGAAUCGACACAUAUCUUGAUAUUCCAUUGGUCAUCCGACCUUAUGGGUCCAGCCAAGCAUUUGCUAGUGUGGAAGAAGCAUUGCAUGCAUUUAUUCAGCCAGAGAUCCUUGAUGGCCCAAAUCAAUAUUUUUGUGAACGUUGUAAGAAGAAGUGUGAUGCAAGAAAGGGUCUUCGGUUUUUGCAUUUCCCUUAUCUGCUGACCUUACAAUUGAAAAGGUUUGAUUUUGAUUAUACAACCAUGCACAGGAUUAAACUGAAUGAUCGGAUGACAUUUCCUGAAGAGCUAGAUAUGAGUACAUUUAUUGAUGUUGAAGAUGAGAAAUCCCCUCAGACUGAAAGUUGCACCGACAGUGGAGCAGAAAACGAAGGCAGUUGUCACAGCGAUCAGAUGAGCAAUGAUUUCUCCAAUGAUGAUGGUGUUGAUGAAGGCAUCUGCCUUGAGAGCAACAGUGGAACUGAAAAGAUUUCAAAACCUGGUCUUGAAAAGAAUUCCUUGAUCUAUGAGCUCUUCUCUGUUAUGGUUCAUUCGGGGAGCGCUGCUGGUGGUCAUUAUUAUGCUUGUAUAAAGUCAUUCAGUGACGAUCAGUGGUACAGCUUCAAUGAUCAACAUGUCAGCAGGAUAACACAAGAAGACAUUAAGAAAACACAUGGUGGAUCUUCAGGAAGCAGAGGGUAUUACUCCAGUGCUUUUGCAAGCUCCACGAAUGCAUAUAUGCUGAUAUAUAGACUGAAGGAUCCAGCAAGAAAUGCAAAAUUUCUAGAAGUAGAUGAAUAUCCAGAACAUAUUAAAAAAUUGGUGCAGAGAGAGAGAGAACUGGAAGAACAAGAAAAGAGGCAACGAGAAAUCGAGCGCAACACAUGCAAGAUAAAAUUGUUCUGUUUGCAUCCUGUGAAACAAGUAAUGAUGGAAAAUAAAUUGGAGGUUCAUAAGGAUAAGACAUUAAAGGAAGCAGUAGAAAUGGCUUACAAGAUGAUGGAUUUGGAAGAGGUAAUACCCAUGGAUUGUUGUCGCCUUGUUAAAUAUGAUGAGUUUCAUGAUUAUCUUGAACGAUCAUAUGAAGGAGAAGAAGAUACACCAAUGGGACUUCUACUAGGUGGAGUCAAGUCAACGUACAUGUUUGAUCUGCUGUUGGAGACUAGGAAACCCGACCAAGUUUUUCAGUCCUAUAAACCUGGGGAAGUGAUGGUGAAAGUUCACAUUGUCGAUCUAAAGGCAGAAUCUGUAGCUGCUCCUGUCACUGUUCGUGCUUACUUAAAUCAAACCGUUACAGAGUUCAAACAGCUCAUUUCAAAGGCUAUUCAUUUACCUGCUGAAACAAUGAGAAUAGUGCUGGAACGCUGCUACAAUGAUUUGCGUCUUCUCACUGUGCCCAGUAAGACCCUGAAAGCUGAAGGAUUUUUUAGGAGUAACAAGGUGUUUGUUGAAAGUUCUGAGACUUUGGAUUACCAGAUGGCCUUUACAGACUCUCAUUUGUGGAAACUCCUGGAUCGACAUGCAAAUACAAUCAGAUUAUUUGUUUUGUUACCUGAACAAUCCCCAGGAUCGUACUCCAAAAGGACAGCAUACCAGAAAGCUGGGGGUGAUUCUGGUAAUGUGGAUGAUGAUUGUGAAAGAGUUAAACCUGUGGGGAGCCUAAAGUCUGUGGAAGCUAUUCUGGAAGAAAGCACUGAGAAACUCAAAAGCUUGUCACUACAGCAACAGCAAGAUGGAGAUAAUGGGGACAGCAGCAAAAGUACUGAGACAAGUGACUUUGAAAAUAUUGAAUCACCUCUCAAUGAGAGAGACUCUUCAGCAUCAGUGGAAAAUAGAGAACUUGAACAGCAUAUUCAGACUUCUGAUCCUGAAAAUUUUCAGUCUGAAGAACGAUCAGACUCAGAUGUGAAUAAUGACAGGAGUACAAGUUCAGUGGACAGUGAUAUUCUUAGCUCCAGUCAUAGCAGUGACACUUUGUGCAAUGCAGAUAACGCUCAGAUCCCUUUGGCUAAUGGACUUGACUCUCAUAGCAUCACGAGUAGUAGAAGAACUAAAGCAAAUGAAGGAAAAAAAGAGACAUGGGAUACAGCAGAAGAAGACUCUGGAACUGAUAGUGAAUAUGAUGAGAGUGGCAAGAGUAGGGGAGAAAUACAGUACAUGUAUUUCAAAGCAGAACCGUAUGCUGCAGAUGAAGGUUCUGGGGAAGGACAUAAAUGGUUGAUGGUGCAUGUUGAUAAAAGAAUUACUCUGGCUGCUUUCAAACAACAUUUAGAGCCCUUUGUUGGAGUUUUGUCCUCUCACUUCAAGGUCUUUCGAGUGUAUGCCAGCAAUCAAGAGUUUGAGAGCGUCCGACUGAAUGAGACACUUUCAUCAUUUUCAGAUGACAAUAAGAUUACAAUUAGACUGGGGAGAGCACUUAAAAAAGGAGAAUACAGAGUUAAAGUGUACCAGCUUCUAGUCAAUGAACAAGAGCCAUGCAAGUUUCUGCUGGAUGCUGUGUUUGCUAAAGGAAUGACUGUACGGCAGUCGAAAGAGGAGUUAAUUCCUCAACUCAGGGAACAGUGUGGUUUGGAACUCAGUAUUGACAGGUUUCGUUUAAGGAAAAAGACAUGGAAGAAUCCUGGCACUGUCUUUUUGGAUUACCAUAUUUAUGAAGAAGAUAUUAAUAUUUCCAGCAACUGGGAGGUUUUUCUUGAAGUUCUUGAUGGAGUGGAGAAGAUGAAAUCCAUGUCACAGCUUGCAGUUUUGUCAAGACGGUGGAGGCCUUCAGAGAUGAAGUUGGAUCCCUUCCAGGAGGUUGUGUUGGAAAGCAGUAGUGUUGAUGAGUUGCGAGAGAAGCUUUGUGAAAUCAGUGGAAUUCCUUUGGAAGAUAUUGAAUUUGCCAAGGGUAGAGGGACUUUUCCCUGCGAUAUUUCUGUCCUUGAUAUUCAUCAGGAUUUGGACUGGAACCCCAAAGUUUCUACCCUGAAUGUUUGGCCUCUAUAUAUUUGUGAUGAUGGUGCAGUCAUAUUUUAUAGGGAUAAAACAGAAGAGUUAAUGGAGUUGACAGACGAGCAGAGAAAUGAACUGAUGAAAAAAGAAAGCAGUCGACUCCAGAAGACGGGACAUCGUGUAACGUACUCACCUCGGAAAGAAAAAGCACUAAAAAUAUAUCUGGAUGGAGCACCAAAUAAAGAUCUGACUCAAGACUGACUCUACUAGUGUAGCAUUUUCCCUGGGGGAUUCUGAUUUUAAUUAGACGGUUCACUGCUACUGUGUAGUGCCAUUAUGGCCAGACAUGGUUAGGGGUAACCCCGUGACACCAGCACUGAUUGGACUGCCUUUCACCAAUCAGCAGCCCAGUGCCCAAUGGGCCACUGUUUUGACUUGGAAUCAUGUUGUGCACUAUAGUCAAAUGUACUGUAAAGUAAAAAGGGAUGUGCAAAAAAAUAAAAACAAAAAGCAAAACCUGCUACUAGAAAGGGGGAAGGGGAAUGAGCAAACGUCUUUUUUGCGGACAAAUGUGCGCAUAGCCGCUAGUAAAACUAGCUUCAAACAGGAUUCUCAUAGUUUAAUAAUAAAAGCUGUGCAAAGGCCA